AUGAGAACUAUACUUACAAUUACAACGCUGUGUUGCGUUAUACAAUUCGCAUUUAGUUACAAUAUUCUAUUAGCAACUAUGGGUGGUACGAAAUCUCAUACGGUACCAUUCAUUGCUCUUGGUAACGCUUUAAAAUUACGAGGUCACAAUGUAACCCUCGUAAGUGCAUUCACAGGACCAGGAAUUAACAACGGACUUAAAGAAUUGGUACCAACGAUUCUCGAAUCUUACGUACACAAUUACACAGCUGAGUGGGAUCUAGUGGGUGCCAGAUUCCGCAAUGAACUUCCACUUUCGCCUUGGAACGCUAUGAGAUACGGUUGGGAGGCGUGCGAGGCUUUACUACAGGACGAGGUUUCGGUCAGUGCUCUCAGAAAACCGGAUGGAAGUCUACGCGAACGAUGGAACGUUGCCGUGGUCGACGGAGCUUAUCCGGAAUGUCUCUUGGCAGUUUUACACGAGGAAAAUAUACCUACGAUUAUGUUAAAUACGGUUGCUCUUUACACCGGUUCGAUGGCAAGACAAGGAAAUCCAUCACCAUGGUCCGUGACACCAUAUUUUGGGAAAGCAUUAACCCAAGAUAUGAAUUUUCUUGAGAGAGUUGUUAACGGUGCUUGCCUAAUCACCCUAGAAAUCAUGUAUUGGUAUAUGAUCAGUGUCUAUCUACAACCCACGCUUCGAAAGUACUUAGGCGAACAAAUCCCAGACGUAAGACAUCUGACCUCGGAAAUACCGUUGACUUUACAAAACAGUCAUUAUAGCGUAGCCGAUUCCGUACCAUAUUUGGCGAACGUAGUAAAUGUGGCUUGUCUACAUUGCAGACCAGCAAUGCAACUCAGUCCGGAUUUAAAUUCUUUCCUACGCCGAGGUUUCAUCUUCGUCUCAAUGGGUUCGUCCGUAAGAGCUUCCGGGAUGCCAACAGCCUUGCGUGAAAUUUUUGUUGCGGUAUUUGCUACAUUACCUUACAACGUCGUCUGGAAAUGGGAAGGAGGAAAAAUAAAGGAUUUACCGGUGAACGUUAGAACGGCUGCUUGGUGGCCUCAACAAGAACUUCUCGGACAUUCGAAACUUCGAGCUUUUGUUUCUCAUGGUGGUCUUUUGUCCUUACACGAAGCAGCUUACCACGGUUCACCUACAUUGGUCUUACCUGUUUUCUGUGACCACGAUGGAAACGCAGCUCAAGCUGAAAAACUUGGUUACGCUUUAGUGAUGGACCUUGCCACAUUGUCGGUAGGAAGUCUUCGUGAAGGUAUACUUAAGGUUGCUGCAUUGCGAAACAACACUUAUCGAAAGGCUGCAAAAAAACAAAGUAUUUUAUUACGAGAUCUUCCAAUUGGUCCGCGCGAGCUUGCCACCUGGUGGGUCGAACACGUUGCAAGACAUGGCGAAGCCAAUCACCUUAAGAGUACGACGAGACACAUGGGCGUAAUGCGUUAUUAUUCUUUGGACGUCGGUGCAUUUUACACAGUAAUCAUCAUAGUGCUGAUCUACGGAUUAAAACGGUUAUGUUGGAGGCAGAUAAGGAAACAGGGGACAUUCAAAAACAAGAUAGACUGAUAUCGAACCAUAGAAAAAAAUUUAAACUAAUUGAAAUUUUAUUUAUUA